GAAUGAUUAAGCCAAGCUCCUCAUAACAUUUCACUAGCAGGUAGGACCAUGACAGACUGCUAACAACAAAGUGAAUUCUGCUGUGAAAAAACAGAAAAAAAAUGGGAAAAGGAGAAAGCGAUGAUUCCGAAGAUAUGCAAAGAAAAGAAAAAGCGAAGAUUCAACUCAAAAGAAAUAUAGGUUAUUUUGAUGGGGUAAGUUUUAUUAUAGGAACAAUUGUCGGGGCAGGUAUCUUUGUGUCUCCCACAGGGGUGUUAAAGCAUUCCUUACUCAAUGUUGGCAUCGCACUAAUAAUCUGGACUGCAUCUGGGCUGGUUUCUCUGAUGGGUUCCCUCUGCUAUGCAGAACUUGGAACCUCUCUGCCCUUCUCUGGAGGAGAAUAUAGCCAUAUUAAAAGAGGCCUUGGAUCCCUCCCCGCCUUUGUGUUUAUCUGGACGUCAACAUUUACCAAACCAGCAUCAAAUGCUGCUCGAGCCUUGCUGUUUGCUGAAUACGCCACCCAGCCCUUCUAUGGCAUUUGCCCUCCACCAGAAGUGCUGAAAAAAUGCUUGGCCUUGGCUGUUCUCUGGUCCCUGGGGAUUUUGAAUGGCUGCAGCGUCAAAAUGGCUGCGUGGGUGCAGACAGUUUUCACUCUGCUGAAGAUGAUGGCCUUGUCUGUAAUUGCUGUCGGCGGCGUUGUUCUCCUCAUUGCAAGGCAAAAGGAGAGUCUGGCCAGAUUUGAGGACUUGUUCAGCUCAGAGAUCCCCAACGCUUCGCAGGUUGCUGAAGCCUUCUUCCAAGGACUGUACGCAUAUGGAGGCUGGUGGUCCGUCAAUUAUAUGGCAGAAGAGAUGAAAAACCCCAGCAGAAAUAUCCCAUUAACUGUGAUGACUGCAGUUCCUGCAGUAAUUGUUUUUUAUUUACUGGUGAACAUCUCAUAUCUGACUGUCCUCACACCUAAGGAAAUUGUCUCCUCAGUUGCUGUGGCAGUCACUUGGGCUGAUCGAGUUAUCCCCUCUGUUGCCUGGAUCAUUCCUCUCUGUGUUGCUGUCUCAAUAUUUGGUGCCCUCAACAGCAGCAUGUUCACACUAGGUCGAUUAAGCUAUGCUGGAAGUCAGUCAGGACAUUUACCUGUUUUAAUAUCCAUGCUUAAUGUCCACUCCUGUACUCCAGCACCAGCCAUGAUUUUUUCAACCACCAUUGCAUCCAUUUUUAUCAUCCCCUCUGACCUUAUUAUGUUAACAAAUUACUUUGGAUUUUCUGCCUGGCUUAUGAUUGGACUGACUUGUGCAAGCCUGAUUGUACUUCGAUACCGGGAACCUCAUCUGCAUCGACCAUACAAAGUGUUUCUGCCAGUUCCAUUUGUGAUGGUGGCAGUGUCUUUCUUCCUAGUUUCAGCUCCCAUAGUCUGGUCUCCCAAUCUGCAAUAUAUUUACGCUUUCUUGUUUAUGCUGGGAAGUCUUAUUGUUUAUCUGCCUUUUAUACAUUUUAAAUUGCAUUUUGCAUUUCUUGAUAAAAUUACUUGCCACUUACAGCUGCUGUUAGAAGUCUCUCCUGCUGAUGGAUCUGCUGAGGGCAAAUGUGAAUAAUGGCAGAUGUUGAAUCCUGGCACAACUAAGAGCCAACACAGGAUUUUGUUUAACUGAGAGUGUAAACAGUACAAGUUAGAUGUUAGGUGUGAAAAACAGGUGUUCAUGCAUGUAUAGAUAUAUACAUACAUAGAUGAAUAUACAUACAUCACAUUCAUAUAUGCAUACAUGCAUUUAUAUAUAUAUACAUGCACAUAUAUAUAUACAUGCACAUAUAUAUAUGUAUGGGCAUUAGCAUAGUAAGUUAAUACGUAGAUAUUCGUGUGUGUCUGUGUAUAUACAUAAUAGGUGCAAAGGAUCUCUCUUAAACUUGUAAAAUCUGUAAAAUGCUCUCUCUUGCUCCUGAAAACACACUUAAAAGUUGCACAUAGUCUUGCAAUAAUAAAAAUGACUCAAUUACAGCAUACAUAAUUAUCAAUAUUAUAAUACAAUAAAUGAGUAAAUACA